AUGCCACGCUGCUUGGCGCGCCGCGCGGCGCUCACACCGCUUCCUGCUGGUCCACGCUCCGCCUCUCUCUCCCUCGUUCGCGCUCCUGCUCGCACAGAGAUACCCACAAACAUGCUCACUUUGCGCACACUGGCCGUCGCAGCCGCCUCUGCGACCCUUGCUCUGGCACAGCUGCCAGGCGGUGACGAGUCCGGCAUGCUUGCCGACUUCCCUCAGCAGUGUAUGAGCAUCUGCACGCCUUUUGAAACGAGCACCCAGACCUGUACCAGCGGUCUGGGAGAGGGCGAUGCGGCCGAAACGCAAGCGUUCGCCUGCCUCUGCACCCAAGCUGUUGCCAGCCAGCUCGAGGAUUGCGGCAACUGCAUCGCGACCAAAUCGGCGGUCGACCUCUCCACCUCCGAAUCUUUCGCCACGGUCCAGCAACUCGCCGUCUCGUUCGCUCGUGGAUGCAACAUGUCGGUCGAGAUUCAGGGAACAAACCCGCAGGUGUCGUCGGUCCUCGCCAACGCCGGUCAAGGAGCGCCAACUGCGGCGUGGAGCGUUGUGCAGACGGCUCUUCCGACCGACGCGCCCCCCACAGCAGCAGAGACAUCCGCUGCGACGUCAAAGGCGGUCGGUGGUGCCGCUUCGCCAGCUUCGCUCGUCGACGCGGCGUCGGGCACAUCCUCCUCUUCGGCCUCCUCCGCUUCAGCGACGCAGGCGGCGCACGACAAUGCGGCUGGGUCGAGCGUCAACAUGAUGUCGUUGGCGAUGAUGGGCGGCCACACACGGAAAGUCGCCUGGCAACUCUCCCGCGACCCUGCUCAAGCCUCCGUCAUGUCGACGCCCGACAGGAUCGCCCAGACGGGCAAGCUCGCGGACCGCAUCGCCAAACUCGGGCUUGGGACUCCCCCCACCUCUUUAUCUCCCGGCUCACCAGGCGGCGACGGGAAGUCUGUACAGACAGGCGCGCGCGUGAGGGUCUCCGACAAGAUUUCUCGCUUCCAGCAGAACGCGGAGCAGAAACCCCUCUUGCCCGAGGGAGGGUCGUUUGGCUUUGCGCCCGCGAAACCUCGCCAAAGUGCUGGAGGGAGUCGUUUUGCGGACGAGGACAAGCCCAGAGUGGCGAGUCUGGGAGGUGGAAGGGCUGCGGUGCCGCUGAAUGUCGUCAAGCCUAGGAGCUCGAGUGCGGGAGGCAGCCCGUCGACGAGGAGCGAGGCGGGAAGCAGUAAUGGCGGUUCGAGGCCUGCGAGUCGGGCAAUGAGCCGCGAGGGCUCUACGGCAGGACAUGGAGAGGAGAUUGUGAGGGCAGCGACGCCGCAGGGCGAGCCGACGCCUGUCGCUUCACCCUCAGACUCGACCGUCUCUUUCGUCGAAGUGGGUCGGGGCGACCAGCUCGGAGCGGUUCCGUCGGGCGCACGCACGCCAGGCGCCAUGUCCGUCUCGUCCAUGCGCGUCGAGACGGGUAGCAUCGCGAGCGAAGGCGGACGAAGCGUGACGGACCUCGAUGUCGUCGCUCUCAGCGUCGAAAACUCGCCCCUCUCGUCGCCUAUCAUUGCGGCCGUAGUCAUACCUGCACCUUCGAACGGCUCCCUCACUCCACUCGAAGCCACCACGCCGUCUGCGACGCUCCCGCCCAAGGGGCCCGUCGAGACGCUCCGGUCAAGCUCUCGCGCCGGCUCCGUCUCGUCCAACACCUCGUCGCUGAUGAUACAGGCAGCUUCGACGGACGACGAGGCAGAAGGCUCAGCCGUUUCAGUCGACGGCAGCACUGGCACGCCAACAAGGGAAGUCGUCGGACUCGGGUUCGAGGGCGCGAACAACUCAACGCAGGAUAUGUCCCGCGAAGAGUACGAGGCGAGUGAGGCUGAGCGUGCGGCGCGGGUCAAGGAGGAGUUGGAGCAGUACGAGCGCGAUGCGCGGGACCCCCCUGCACCGGGACCGUAUCAGGACGAGCCGGUCUCGAGCGGAGGAGACGAUGGCGAGCCGAAGGAACCGCCGAUCUUGAUGGACGACAUGGUGGAGAGGCCGGAGACGCCGCGUGCGAAGGGCAGCGGGUCGCCAAUUCCCGGCGUCAAGUGCUCGGACUGCGGCGCCGAAGUCGAGCUCGUUGACCUCGCUGACCACACCUGCGCACCCGCCAGCCGCUCUCGGCCGACCCCGACUUCGCCUCCUCAGACGGAGGAACCGCCUCUCCCGCCCGUCCCUGUCGCCGUCGCAGCCCAUCGUCCCGAACCUGACGUCCCCGAAGAACCGCUCGACGACCCGCCCCUGGACCUCUUGUCCGUUUCGCGCCGCUCUUCGCAGAAGUCGAAGAAGCAGUCGGUCGAUACAGUCGACAAGCUCGACGCGUUCGUGCCCCAGACGGAGGACCUCGUACCUGAAGAUGUUCUCGACAUGUACGGCGGCGACGAUGACGAGCCCGAGGCGACUGACGACAGGGCGCCUCCAGCCCUCCCCCAGGACAUGCCAAGCGAUGAGCUUGACGACCUCGUCCCGUCUGCCCCUUCCGUCCCAUCCACCGCCUCCUCCAACAUGACCCGAUCCGCAUCGUCGCCGGCGAACCCGCCCUCCACCCUGCGUGCCCGUCAGGCCGACUCGAAAAAUCGCUCGCAAUCCGUCUACGACCCGCCUCUUCCUGGCCGCUACUACACUUCUGAAGACGAGGACGAUGGCGAGCCUGGCAGCGUCACCAUCGUCAGCAAUUCGUCGGCCCGGUCGUAG